AUGGAGGAUGAUACCAAGAUUGAUGAAUCUGGUGAUGAUAAAAUACAAACUAUUGAUAAACAUCAGAUAAAAGAUCUGAUGGGAGAAGAAGAAGAAGAAGAAGCUGAUGAUGAAGAAGAUAUGGAUUUUUCACCUGAUGCUAGUUAUAGUUCAGUCAAUGAAUCAUGUGAAUCAAGUUUUGAAAUGGAUAAAGUCAGUAAAAAGACAAAGUCUAAGACUAAAUCCAGUGUUAAAAGAGAUGUAGAGGCAAGUAAUGUAGAUGAUGAUGAUGACGAUGAUGAUGAUAGUGAUUCAGAUGUUCUACACAUACAUUCUGAUGAAUCUGAAGAAGAAAUGGUUUGUGAAAAUGAUAAGGUAGUAGGUGAAGAUGAUGGUUUAGAAGAAAAACUAACAGAGGAUGCCUCAAAAAAUCACCUGACGGCUAAUAAUGUUAAAAAUAUCUUGCGUCAUGUAAUUACUAGUAAAGAAGUAGUUGAUAUGGUUAAAAAUACAAUAGCAACUGAAGAUAUAGAGAACACAUCAGACCAAACAAAACACCUAGUUGAAGCUACUUAUGAACCUAAAAUGACCAGGUCUAAAAUGAAAGAAGUGAUGGAAAAGGGAAAGAUUCCCCAAGUGUGGCCCUUGUCACCAUUGAAGACUGGUAGUAAAAAUAAACCAAGUUUUCUAGAAUUAGAAUUUACUGAUGAUGAAGAUGAUGAAUAUAAUCCAGACAGAGAUCCAGUACGAGAGAGUGAUGAUGAAUCUACUAGUUUUCUCUCAUCACAAGCUAGUGAUUUUGGUUCUCCUUGUCCUCGAACACCAUCUACACCAGCUAGCCAUCCUAGACCAUCUACUUCUAAAAAGCAGUUUUUUGUCAGUCCUGCUGUACCUGUGAAUAAAUCAGUAAAAACAGAUUUGGCAAAAGCCUUUGAUAAUGUUGCUGAAACAGAUGAAGAGUUUCUUCUAAGAGAGAUUAACAGUGCUUAUGAUACAGUAGCUAGAAGAACCAGAUCUAAAUUACCUCUAACAUCUACAUCUCUAAUAGAAUUAGAAUCUACAUUGAUUGAAGUAGCUCCUGAUAUAACAGAAGAUAUGUAUGAUACUAAUCUAGGACAAGAUGAAGAAUGGCAAGAAUUUCUUAGUUCAUUAUAUACUGGUACUGUUACUAAAAUAGAUGUAGCACCACAAGAAUCACAGGAAGUAGGUGAUGAUGAAACUAAUGAUCCAGAAUAUGAUUAUCUGGGAGAAGCUGAACAUGAAGAGAAAGAUGAAGAAGAUUAUAAAUAUUGUAGACCCUAUAAAAUACCAAAGAAAGAAAUGUUUGAUCUAUUAGAUCAACUGACAGAGUUUAUGGCAUCAGAUCAAGAAGAUGAAGAGGGAAAGAGAUAUACCAGGGGAGAUUCUACAGAAUCAGAUGAAAAUAAAAAGAAGAAAAAUAAAUCAUACAAACCAUCAACAGAAGGUUUACAGUUUACUUCCAGUCAAUUUUUAAUUUUACAAGAUCAGAUAAGAAGGCAUAUUCAAUUAAGCACUCAGUUUUAUUUUCUGUGUUUGGGAUGUGAUGAUUAUAAACAUAUGACUAAAGUAUGUGUCAAACAUUUGAAUGAAUUUGAUAUGUUUAGAAAGGCAUCAAUGAUGGGUGAGAAAUCUAGUUAUAAUGUCUGUAAUUUAACAGAAUCUCUAGAGUUAAUACAACAAGAUAGAUGUUGGGAUAUUGAUAAAGAAUUAGAAGAUAUACAGUCUAUGUCAUUUGAUGAUACAAUCAGUAAUGUAUCAGAUUCUGAUGAUGGUUUUAAUAAUACUGAUAGUACAUUUAAAAGACAGCAAGCUAAAUGUGAAGCAAUAUUAGAAUCUCAGAAAGAAAUAUUUUGGAAUAAUCAAGUGUUUUUCUAUCCUGAACUUCUGCCUAAACGUAGAUUAAUGAGUCUUAAAGAAGCUAAAGAUUCUCGUGUGUUUUUUACCCCUGGAGAAGACAAAAUGAUAGCAUUGGCUAUGGAUCAAUUUGGAACAACACCAAAACAUUAUAACUUAAUACAUAAAUAUUUAAUGCCAGCUAAAACUGUUAAACAGAUAUCAUUUAGAGUUAAAAAUCUCGCUUCAAAAAGAUCUCAAGACAACCCUGUUAAAUUAUAUAAGAAAAAGAAGAUAUUACCAGAAAAUGCCACAUUAUUUCAUAUAUUCUCAAUAGAUAGUAUGAUACCACCAAAACAACAGAAUAUUGAUUUAUUACCAAAAUGGUGUAAGAAAUAUAAAGAUAGUUUAGAGAAAAAAGGAAAAGGUGUAGAAGAAUGUAAUAAGGUAGAAGUUGAGAAAGUAGAAGAUAUAAAAUUAACAAAGAAGAAAAAUACAAGAUCAUUCAAAACAUCAACAAAGUCAAAGAAAACACCUAAAAAGUCUCCAUAUAAGACCCCAGUGCCUGUUUCACCUAAAGCUUCAAAGACUCAAGCAAUGCCUACAGCUUUGAUUACUUCAGCAGGAUUGUUUGUACCAAUACGUUAUGCUUCUCCCUCUAAAUUACCACCAGAUCUUCAGAGUGCCAUCAUUGAUGGUUCACCAUACCAACUACCAGCACCUAGACCUAAAACAACACCAGAAAAAACAGAUUCUCAUGCUGCUGGUAGUUCCAAUUACUUCAAUACACCAACACCAGACUCUACUAGUCAACCUUCACCAUGUCCGGUUACAGACCACCUUACCAAUACACAUUCAGAUCUACCUGAUUCUACUGACAGUCAGCCAGCACUAGUAUCUGUGAAUCAACCAUCUAGUCAAGCUACAGCUAAAACUGCAGAACUGACAACUGCAAAACCAUCACAAGCUAUUGCAUCUGUUGCCCCAGACUCCACAGGCCAUAGUCUUACUUUUAGUGGAGAUGAGACAAGUGGUAAAGAAGAACAUGGUAUGGCAUCAUGUCCAAUGGAUGAGACUGAAGAUCAACAAACAGAAGAAGAGUCAUGUGCUACACUAAAUAAGCCAGGUGUGAGUGAACAGCAGCAAGAGAAAGACCAGUGUUUGCUGGGAGGUGGAAAGGAAGAUACACCCAAAGAUAUAGUGAAGCAACCUAAACAUGUAGGCUUUGUAGAUCUUCACAGUCAAGCUUCACCUCUUUCAGAUGUACCAGUUCAAGUUUUGGACGAUGAGAAACAUCUUUCAGAUGACAUACCAAGUGAGCAAUAUCAAACAUCAACAGUUGCAUCAUCAGCAAGAACUGACAAUCCAAUAGAUAAAGAUUCAUCAAGAGAAAGCACAGAGAACAAAGAAGAGGGAUGUAUACCAGAAAAACCUGCAUCCAAAACCAUUGUGGCUGUAUCACAGAACAAUCUGUCAGGAAUCUUAGUAACCACUCCUGUUCCCAGUCCAGUCAAUAUGGAGGUCUUUUCAACAGCUUCCAGUGAUAUUGAUACCAUCCAUCAGAAAGAAGCAGCAGACACUGUGACUCCAACUAAAAAUGACAAGACAGACCCCCCAAUUGCAGAUACAUCUGGUUCUUUCUUAUCAACACCAUCAAGUCUAGCUUCAUCUAUAAAUUCCUCCACAAAUACCACACCUAAAACUGCUGUAGAAAUAGUUGCUACUCUUGCUCCAUUUUAUAAUAGUUAUUUGGUAGAUCCUGUAGUGACGCAACAGAGUCAGUUAGAAACAACGCCUAAAAAAUACCGGGAACUUGUACCCAAAUCUGACUUGCCUCAACCUGCUAAUAAACAAUUAUUUUUAAGUCCCAAAAAGAAAACCAGUCCAAAAGUGACAAGAUUAAAAAGAGGAGUGAGAGCAAUUUUACCUAAAGGAUAUGUGCAUGAUGUUAAAAUAUCUCCCACCAAACGAGCUGCAAAUCAAAUCAAACGUAAAGCUGCUAAAAUCUACCAUAAAGGAAAUAGUCCAAAUAAAUUGUUACUACCAAAACCUCCAUCUUUUACAGACUCUUUACAUUACCCUAAUACAAGAUAUCAAAAACAAUUAAAUCUUAACAACAGUGCUGUGAAAUCUAGUCGUGUAACUAAACGUAGAUUGUCUGAAAGUGAGAAAAUGGAGGAAAGUGAUGAACAUCAGAGUGAAGUGGAAGAUGCGUCUGCUAGUCAAGAUGAAAGUCAACCAGAAGAUGAUUUAGAAGAUGUUACUAUUGAUGAUAAUUUAGAAGAACUAAUGGCUGCCAGUACCACCAUAAGAUUUGAUCCACGUAAAUCAUCUCAUCAGAUCCAUGAUAAUAAAACCAAAGCCCAGAGAAGACGUGAAAUGAAUAUAGCUUUAUUAGCUCCAGACAUCUUAGAAUCUGACCCAAAGAGAGAUGAUAGAGAUACUGCAUUCGCUCAGGCUUAUAUGCAUCAAGUUAAAGAAACAUUAUCAGAUGAUAUGGAAACAUAUGAACAGUUUUUAUUAUUAAUGUGUGAAUUUGGUAAAGGAACCCAAUCACCAAUAAAUGUAUUUACCAUUUGCACAAUAAUUAUUUAUCACCAUCAUUGCAGGUAUUUACCAUUUGCACAUACAAUAGUUAUUUAUCAUCAUCAUUAUGGUUAUUUACCAUUUGCACAAUAA